CAAAAAAUACAACGAAAAGUUAGAAGGUUGAUUUGCCAACACUGUCUCAACGCUUGUAUCGUUUUUUUUACGGUCAUGAGAAAUCGAAACCAAACCACGAGCUACUACAUGGAAGGAUGAAACUUUGGUGAAAUGCCAACCUUUGCUAUAUGGAUGAUGGCUGCUUUUGUUGCCAAGUGCUUUGCCUUCCCAUCAAAAGAACGGCGCCUUUACGACGUAGCAAAAACAGAAAGGAACCAAAAUUGAAGAUGGAGAUUUUGGCUAUUAGUCGUAUGAAAAAGUCUAAAACCUUUCAUUAUCUUGCGUAAAACGGCGAUGGAUCGGGCCAGGAGAUGGAUCCUCCACCUCCUGCUUGUUUAGCUCCGUGAGUAGCUUCGCUGUUUCGAGGAAGCAGGCACGUUUUCGUGAAGGACGUCGGUGGAGUUGAAGCGAAGGGGGAAUUGUGGUCUAUAAAAGACCGGUCACCGGGAGUAUCCCUCCUCUCGUUAUCCCAGCAAAGAACAUAACAUCCGAGAGCUGCAGCCUUGCAAAGCAUAAAUCUCUCUCCUCCCUCCUAGUCUCUUCUGAGCUUAACCAAAUACCUGUAAAUCCUCUUCAAACACACCUCUUUUCAUAUCCCAGACUCCGAACCCACAAAAAUGCCUUCCCAGCAAUCCGUCAUUGCUGGCCUCGUUAUCCUCGCCGCUAUCGGCUCGGUAAAUGCUGAUAUGCGAAUUGCCUCCACGCAGAAGAAAGGUUUCUUGGACACCCAAAUCCAAAAGAACCCCAAUCUCGCUAAUGGCCGUGACGGUUCCCUCAAGCUCACCCGUCGUCAGAACGUUGCUGUAUUCCCCUACCAAGUCCCAUCGAACUUCGGUUACGCUAAGCUUGCUGCGCAGGAGAAAAAUAACAACGACCAGUUCCUACGGUCCAACAUUGACAACGAAGCUAACAAGCGUAACACAGCCAAAGAACAGCCCCAGGAUAUGACACCUUGUCGUCAGGACGCUACUCCCUUCCAAGCUCCCACUAUGGCCCUCGCCGCCGGUCAAACCGUUGAAAUUCCCCUCCAGUUCAACAACCCUCACGAUGGCGAGUGCGAGGUCAACAUCUGGACCAACAUGAACCAGAAGGUUCCCGACGUCGCUCCCAUUACCCGCUUUGCCUGCGGUGGUGGAUACGCCCAAAACCGUCCCAACUUCACUGUUCCUGCCGACUUCCCCAACGUCUGUGGGGCUGGCGCUGGCUGUCUCAUGCAAUUGUACUGGCACUCUGUGGAACCCCGUACCUACGCCGUCUGCACACCUGUCGAAAUUGGAGCUCCAGCUGGUCCCGCUGGUCAGAAGGCUCGUCUCCGUACUCGCCAGGAAUCGAGUGUCAAGUUCAAGCCUGCUCUCUUGUAUUCUGACUCUUUCGAUACGGCCCACAUCGACUCUACCCACUCUGGUUACCGUGGGCAACAACCCGACCUUGUCGGUCCCCAAUUGAAGGCGCGUAUCGCCCUCCAAUCCUUCACUGGUAACGGUGGUUUGCUCAAGGACGCUGAGCCAAAGGCAGUCAUUGCACAGCGUAACAACCUACGUGGCCAGGUCGAGGCCGCUGUGAAGAAGCUCGAGGCAAAAGCCAUCAAGGAAAACAAAGCCGCUCAGGCCGCCCUCGACGCCGGAGCUGGUAAAGGAAAGAACGGUGUCUUCGAAGGUGCCAAGUACAACGUCGUCCUCAACGACAACGCCAAGCGCCAGUUCACAAACACCUACGUUACCAACGUGGACUACGUCGGUCUUCUCGCUCAAUUCGAACCCAAGUUCCAGAAGGCUGGUCUCGCACCUCAAGGCGUUGCUAUCAAGGACUCGCUUGCAACACCAGAAGUCUUCGGUACCAAGGCCAACAACCUUAAGAACAAAGGAAACGCAGCCAAUCUUCCAGCAAACUUUGCCGCGGCUCUUGGUCCUAUUGGCAAGCGCACCCUUGCCCGCCGUGCUUUGGGCGAGGAUGAUGAGUUCGUCGAGCCCAACCCAGAUGACGCUUUGUUCACCGAGUCUGAGGGCAUUUAAGCAGUUUCUUUUCAACGUUGCGAUGUAGAUUGAGAUAUUCGGAUGAGGGCUAGAUGAGCCAUUUUGUACAGUAUAGGUCUGACGGAUGGAAAGAGAAUGGAAGUACAUGGGCGCACAGUACAAAUGUAUCGAGUAGUAUGAAGUAUCGAGCGGACAUAGGAGUUUCAUGUUUUUCGGUUUCUGCAAGCUAGCUUAUGGGGGAUGGUUGUUAUUCAUGCAAGCCAUCAUAUUCCCGAAAAAAAUUGUACAUAAAACUAUCACUGAAAAACAUAAAAAAAAGAAUAAAAUAAUUAAAAAGCA